UUUGUACGUCAUCAACAACCGACGCCUUUGAACCAUGGUCAUGUCAUCUUGCGACUAGAAUUGCUACCAAAUAUAUCAUACAUUUGAGUUCUGUGCAUUACUCCGUUGUUCUUUUCAAACAGACCGAACCAUGCCUCGCUAUGAACUGUCGCUUAUACUCAAGGUGAUGCAGAGACCCGAAACUGUGGCCACCCUGCGACGGACGGUGGAGACCUUGAUGGAGCGCGGCGCCGUGGUCAGGGACCUCGAGCACCUGGGAGAGAGACUGCUGCCCUACAAGAUCUCCAAACACAACCAGCGGCACGAACGCGGUGCAUACUUCUUGAUAGACUUUUACGCAGCGCCUAACAUCUAUAAGGGUCUGCUGGAUCAUUUGUACCGGGAUGUGGACGUAGUGAGACCGACGCUCUUGAAGAAGGAUGAGGUGGUGGCCAAAGGACCCUGCUGUGGGGACGAUUCAUCAAAGUCCCAGAAAGCCGUCAGUAAAUAGAUGAAUGUGUGACCUCCAGAAGAGCCAUUGCGUGAUCAGUUGCUCUGUUGCUUCCUUUCGUACACCAUUUUUGCUGGAAUUGGAAGUUGUUAUAAAUAAAUAUUUUCUAUUUAAAUUGCUUGAAUCCAAGUUAUCUCUUAUGUUGUUGUAUUUUUUCGUUGUAUUGUGUGAUAAAACU